AUGGCAGUCGAGCCCAAGUACGUCGAGCGAACCUCCGAGACCGUCCGCGAUGUCGCUGCGGACGUGAUCCGGCUCCUCAAGAAAGCCGGAGAGACAGUCGGUGUAGCUGAAUCGUUGACCGGCGGAGGAAUCAUGGCAACAAUCACCUCUGUGUCUGGAGCGAGCUCCGUUUUCCGAGGCGGUAUCGUCUCUUAUGCGACACCUCUCAAGCAGCAUCUCCUCAAGGUGGACGGAGGCCUCAUUGCCCAGCACGGCGUCAUUCACGAAGACGUGGCUCAGCAGAUGGCGGCUGGUGCGCGGACCGCAACCAGCACAGACACACCAACGACAUGGGGUAUCGGUACGACGGGUGUUGCGGGGCCGGAUUCACAGGACGGAAAGCCGGUGGGCAUGGUGUUUAUCGGUAUCGCCAGCCCCGAACAGGCCCGAGGACUAGGUCCGUUCCAUUUCCCAGGCGAUCGGGACCAGGUCCGACAGGCAACCAUUUUGGAGGCACUGGCUCAGCUGCGAAAGGAACUACUUGCGAGGGAGAGAAACUAA